GGAGCCCAUGCUGGAAGUUGCAGUGAAAAUGACAGUAGAGAGAAGAGAAAGAGGUAACUGGCAGUUGCGACCAAGAUUGAACAACAAUAGUUGCUCUGACGGUAUACCCGCUUAUAUUGCGGGUUUAGACUGUCUUUCGAAUGACUGACAAACGCAGGAAUGCUAGCUUGACCGCUAUAUCAAUGUGAUAUGUACCACUGUUACAAUAAGACCAAUGCACGAAAGGGUCCACACCGCAGCACUUGGAAUCUUUAUUGGAGAACGUAUAUAUACUACCGACGGGAACAAAGGCCCUGAUAUCCUCUUCGAAUGACCUCUCGAAGUAUCAUACAGCUCCAAAUAUCCUCCUCGCCUGCUCUACUUCACUCGCCAUGCCGACGCUUUCCGGAAUUUACACCUCGCUCACAGGCCAAACCUUGGCUAUAGACGAGCAUGGUCAUCUCCGUAUCAUCGACAACGACAAGCAGAAAACUAAACUGCGUGCAGAUGCAGAGUUCUGGCUUUGUGAGGAUGAUGGGAAAAUCGGCAAGUUCGGAUCACCAAAGAAGGUCACUCUACACUUCCAGAACAAAAAUUACCAUAUCUGGGUGGAACCGCGCGGUUUUAGCGACGGUGCUUACGAGUACGGACUAAUUCCGAUCGAACCUAAUGGUCAAUAUAGCAACCAAUUUCUCGCCCUCAAAGAGGGCAAUCAACUAGAGAUUUUGCAAUCCUGGUCUGACGCAGCUAAAUUUCGAUGCAUGGAGUAAUUAGCAAGCCUGAUUUAGUUAUUGUACUCUGCGUCGAGCGAUCUCAUUUUUCUUACGUAGGGCAAGCCCGCUUCUGCACGAUUACCU